AUGACUAUGACGAUUGUGAUUACGAUCAUGAUAAUUAUGAUUAUGAAAAACAUGAUUAUGAUUAUGAUUACGAUCAUUAUGAUUAUGAUGAUUGUGAAUAUGAUGAUUACGAUCAUGAUGAUCAUGAUUAUGAUUAUGAUUAAGAUUGUGAUGAUUGAUUAUGAUUACGAUGAUUACGAUUAUGAAAAUAUGAUUAUGAUUAUGACUACGAUGAUUAUGAUUAUAACCAUGAUGAUUAUAACUACGAUCAUUAUGAUGACUAUGAUUAUGAUGAUGACGACUACGAUGAUUGUGAUUAUCAUAAUUAUGAUUGAUUAUGAUUACGGUUAUUAUUAUGACGAUGACGAUCAUGAUGAUUACGAUUACGAUUAUGAUUAUGAUGAUUAUGACCAUGGUGAUUAUGAUUAUGAUGAUUAUGAUUAUGAUGAUCAUGAUUACGAUGGUUAUGAUUACGAUGAUUGCGACGAUUAUGGCUGA